GACACGCACGAACGGGGAGUGUGUUUUGUGUUGCAGCAUUACGUCUAGCGCGCGUGUGGGUAUCAACGGAGCAAACGCGAGGUUCGGGAUUUAGUUCGCGACACGGGAUUAACCGCGACUCGCGCGCGAGCGACUCUCACGCGAAAUAGCGCGACUGGCGAGCAACCAUAAAGAGAAGUCCCGGGGGGGAUCUCUCGUUUCUUUAUGCGCGAGCUGCGCAUUUUUGCGGAGCGCAAUCGGUGGUUAAAACGCGCGCAUAUACACAACCGCGGUACGUGUGCAAAUAUCGCGUGUGCGCGUUUCUUCAUCUGGACCCCGCGAAACGAUCGUGCGAUACGCGCGACGAUGCCGUUGCUCGCCGUGUAUCCGUGGUCGGAUUAGAAAGAGAGAGAGAAAGAGGAAAGAAGAGAAGUGAAAGAGAGAGAGAGAGAGAGAGAGAGAGAGUCGUCCGUGAAUUGCGCGAGGAGGCGGCGAGCGAGCAAAAAGGAAACAGUGCGUAAGGAGCGAGCGCCAGCCGCGAGCAACCAGCUCGAGAUCUUAUCCGAAGGAGAAAAAGAAAGAGGAGGGGAGCAGGAUAAUCCGCGAACACACACAGGACAUCUCUCCUCGGUGUGACUCUCGGUGUGUGAUUAUUAUGCGGGACGUUGCGACGACGUUGAAACGAAAUCUCAUUGUUGCCGCUCGAACGUCGCGGAAUGGGGCCCGUUGAUCGGGUCCGGAAAAGCAACAACGGGGUCUCGAGCAUCGUCUACGGGAAGGCAUGGACGUCAUCGGGGACGGGGACGAGCAGACACUCCAGGCGAUUCUCGGUCGUGGUGAUUUCGUCGGAGGUAUAGACAAUGAGGCCUUGGAUUUCUCGCAGCUGGAAGACUUCAUCAACAGCGAUAGCGAGCAACCCGCAACAUACUUCGCGGACACCCUCGCCCACAACGAAAAUGGGGUUGGAACGGCGCCGCCUCACAGCGGCGGUCGCAUCGAGCAGCCCACGUCGCAAACGGUCGCUCAGCAACAACAACCGUCGCGAUUGCCUUCGCCGCAGAUGACACAGGUCCAUCCAGUUUCAAUAGCAUGCGCUUCCGGCACCACGACGGUACCCAACAACAACAACGGCAGCUACAAAGAUCCGCAGUCAUACGUUCAUCCGCAUGCGCUGCCGGAAAGUCCACCGGAUAGCGGAAGCGAGCCGCCGUAUUCACCGCCCGGUCAUAAUGACACUCAACACAUGCACUCGCCACACCAAAAGGCGGCUCUGCAAGAGAUACUUUUGCAUCACCAAAACAAUCAGUACACUCCCAAUUUGUUACCUCCCUCUCCGAGAGCGUUAUCGUCAACGACGACGGAUCCUCUGUUAGUGACUCCGGUUCUGACACCUCAUCUCACGUCGGGAACGUCGAGUCUUCCGACGCAGUCUCAAAUAGGACCGCCUUUGGUGGCCUUGUCGCACGAACCUAGUCCGUCCGGCAUUAACACGCUGUACUCUUCUCUGCAAUCGGGUCCUAAAAAGAGAAAACUCAGUCAAGAUGGUCUCAUUCACGUCAAACAGGAACCUGAAUUGGGUACCGUGGAACACAGUUGUAGCAGCAGUAGCGCGGUACUGGAAGGCGACGAAGUCGGUGACAGCAAUUACAUCGACGCCAGUUACCAGUGCAUUCGAUUUCAUCCUUUUCAGCAAACAUCUUGGCACGUUCUGUGCGACCACAAUCUCAAAGAAUUACCCAUACCACAUUACAGGGUGGACGCUGACAAAGGGUUUAAUUUUAGCAAUUCAGACGACGCAUUUGUUUGUCAGAAAAAAAAUCAUUUUCAGAUAACGUGUCACGCGCAACUGCAAGGAGAGGCUGUAUUCGUUAGAACCGGUGAAGGUCUAAAGAAGAUAAGUGGUUUUCAAUUACAUUUUUACGGAGUGAAGGUGGAAUCUCCGUCGCAAACAAUCAGGGUCGAGCAAAGUCAAAGCGACAGAAGCAAAAAACCAUUUCAUCCUGUAACAGUCGAAUUGGGUGGCGAGCGCGUCACAAAAGUGACGGUUGGCCGCUUGCACUUUAGCGAAACUACGAGCAAUAAUAUGCGCAAGAAGGGAAAACCAAAUCCGGAUCAGAGGUAUUUUCAUUUGGUUGUCGGAUUGCACGCCCAUACCGCGGAUCAAGCUAGCUAUCAGGUGAUAGCUCAUGCAUCAGAACGUAUAAUUGUGAGGGCGAGUAAUCCGGGACAAUUCGAGUCGGAGGGCAAUGGCGUGGGUGCUGAGGGUGGAUGGCAAAGAGGAGCGGCUCCGGAUAGUGUGUAUCAUGCUGGCAGAGUUGGAAUUAAUACCGACAGGCCAGACGAAGCUCUUGUUGUGCACGGAAAUAUGAAGGUGACCGGUCAUAUUGUACAGCCUAGCGACGCUAGAGCGAAACAAAGCGUUCAGGAGGUGGAUACGCGCGAACAGUUACGGAACGUGCAACAGUUACGCGUCGUUCGUUAUCGAUACGCUCCGGAAUUUGCACAACACACGGGUCUGGAUAUCAAACAAGAGGAUACUGGCGUAAUAGCGCAAGAGGUUCAGCAAAUUUUACCAGAAGCGGUGUUGCCGGCCGGUGAUAUAGUUCUGCCAAAUGGUCAAAGAAUUGAAAAUUUUUUGGUGGUAAAUAAAGAGAGAAUAUUUAUGGAGAACGUUGGCGCCGUUAAAGAAUUAUGUAAGGUGACAGAUAGUCUAGAAACCAGGAUAGAUCAGUUAGAGAGAAUAAAUAAACGAUUAGCGAAAUUAAAAAGAGGCGAUAGUCUAAAGAGCUCGAUCAGCACGGUAUCUAGUAUAUCGGGCAAUAAGUAUUCAUCUUCUGUCAGCAAUAAGUCGUCUUUGCACGGAAAGACGAAAAGAUUGGAAAGGGAGGAGGAACUUCUCUGUAGCAAUAAAUUUAUUCAAAUUAUCAUUGUUAUACUUAUUCUCAUUAUGGCAUUUUGUCUGGUUGCAAUGGCAACUUUGUAUUUCUUAGAAUAUCAGAAACGUAGUAGCAUCGAAUGGUCCACCAUGGCGAGCAACGGAAUGGUGGCUAUUGGUCCAGCUCAUCUACCUACCAUGUCCACCACUUCUAAUUACGAAUACCGAUACAAUUCGUUAUUACAUAGUACGUUAUCUCCUUUGUACACCAAACAUGGAUCUUAUACAAGAGGAGUAGAGGGAGGAUUAUCUGUCAAAAGUAAUUCUCUCACCACGCCACCUCCGCAUACGAAGCAACAACUGUAUUCUCAAGAAAUAACACGGUAUCCAAUAAGCCAUCCAGGUCCUCAACCGAAGCUUGAGAAAAAUAACGAAUUUCCGGGAAAUUGGCUUGGAAUUAGCAGGAACGGCGCGGGUGCUGUUCCUAGCAAUGUGGAUGAAAAUUAUCAAGUUUCGGAUAUAGAUUCUUCAUCUGUUAACAAAGGUCCUGUACCUUUAGGAAGACCUGAAGAAUGUCCCACCCACUUUACCGAGCUCCAAAGUCCAUGCCAGGUAUAUUGUUGCUCGGAGAUUCAUCAGUUGGAAGAUCCUCAGCCUGAUCAUCCUCCGGAGAAGAAAUCUAUUUCAGAUUAUUUGGAACAGCCAUUAAGCAUGCCACACGAAGAAAAACGAAAGUUAACUAAAAGCUUUCAGAAUGGUAUCAGCCCAUCUGAUCCUAGCACUCAAACUCUUGUGAAAGAGAACACUUAUAAAUAUUUACAUAAACGGGCGAGACGGGAGACUGGUGGUGGGGACUGGGGAGAAGUCGCUAGCAAUGCUGCAGGAUCGUUGCCGCCGGAGCCUAGACCGCAAUUAUUUAUAAUAGCGAAAACCUUCAACACUUCCUUAGAUCAAAGAUAUUGUUCCCCGUCGUCGCCGAAUACGCCUAACAAUAUCAGCUGCGUUGUACCAUUGUCGAAACAUAUGCCAGACACACAUUUAACAUUACAUUUUGUCGGCAUGCCGUGGUAUUGGCAAGUAGUGCAGCAGUGUCCUUUUUCCCCAAAUUCCGGUAUUGACGAAACGAUGGUGUGUGGUUGGAGCACGCAGCAACAAACUCAAUACAUCGAAACUAACAAUCAAUCGGGUGAUCAGUUCUUUCCUCUCAACGUUGCUCAUUAUCUCAGGAAAACUUUGAAAUUUCGGAUACCCACAAUACAGCCUCAAGAGAAUAUUUGCAAAAACAAACAUGGUGUUGACUAUUUGGAAUUUACUUUACACUUUUAUCGAGACUGCGAAGAACAAUGAAUUUUCUUCUCUUCUACAGGGAACUUUGUAAGAAAAUCUUGAAAGAGUUUUUAAUUAAGUUUCUUACAGGAUUUAAUAAAAAAGUUAGAUCUUUAUAAAUAUAUAUAUAUUGUA